AUGGUGCGUCGUCCGUCCCCUCGUUCCAGUGGAAGACUCGUGCUGAUGCGAGGGGCGGAAGAGUCACCAAGCGAGACCCGUUCUCCGCCCGGUUCCUCAGAUCCAGAGGAAGGUGAACCCUCUUUGGGGAGCUACAGCACCUUCGCACUGCCGAGAUUUAAGUCCUGGAAGUGUUUAGGGAAAGCAGGCAUGGCCCACGAGAGACUUCUGAUUGGCUAUUGGAAAGUUGAUUUGGCUGUACAGAUUCCCAAAAAUAUAUUGCUUUGGCAUCUGUUUCCUCCAAAGGACAAGGAUCUUCACUGCGUGGCAGAAGAGCCUGAGUGUUUCAGUGAAGGCCUGGAAGUAGCAGGAGUUUUAGACAAAAGAAACUACCUCUUCAGAUUACGUCUUGACGAUCUUACUCUAAUUCAGGGUGUGGAAUGGCAAUGUGACGAAGCUACCAAAAAAGCAUGCUACAGUAAAGGCAAAUCAAAGGAAGAAUGCCAGAAUUAUAUUCGUGUUCUCCUUGUUGGUGGAGACCGCCUGUUUGUGUGUGGAACAAAUGCUUUUACACCCAUUUGCACCAAUCGGACGCUGAGUAACUUGGAAGAGGCGCACGAUCAGAUCAGUGGCAUGGCUCGCUGCCCAUACAGCCCUCAGCACAAUUCCACGGCCCUCCUCACAAAUACCGGGGAACUCUACGCAGCCACCGUCAUGGACUUUCCGGGAAGGGAUCCUGCUAUUUAUCGUAGUUUGGGGGUCCUUCCUCCUCUUCGGACUGCUCAGUACAACUCUAAGUGGCUGAAUGAGCCAAAUUUUGUAUCAUCCUAUGACAUUGGAAACUUCUUCUACUUCUUCUUCCGAGAGAACGCUGUGGAAUAUGACUGUGGACAAAUAGUUUAUUCCCGGGCCGCUCGAGUGUGUGGAGAAUGUGACAUUGGAGGCAGGUUUUUGCUGGAGGACACCUGGACCACUUUCAUGAAAGCUCGCUUGAACUGUUCCCGCCCUGGAGAAAUUCCAUUUUACUACAAUGAAUUACAGAGUACGUUCUUCCUGCGAGAACUGGACUUAGUCUACGGGAUCUUUACCACUAAUAUGUAUGUAGUUUAUGUAGUACUUUUAUUUGUAGAAUAUUCCACAUUCCUGCUGGGUAAGCAGAAGCAGAAGGAUUAUCAGCAUGAAGAUGCGUUUAGGAAUGUGCUGGAAGAGCAGUGCUUUCGGCCUGUCGGUGUCGAGGAGAGGAAAAGCGUGACAGAAGCCCGUCCUCGAAGAUCGGCGUGGUUGGCCCACCUCGUGCAGCAGCUCCCCAUCCGCCCAACCAGGAUUAUCACCCUCGGGUCAAAUUCCACCACCACCUCCUCCGGCACCAUCCCUGCCCGCAAUUCGCCCGGCUCCUGGUAUUGCAAUGAGCAUUUGCUGUGCUCCCCUCACAUGUUCUGGACGGGUUGGGGUUCUUGGGAACGUUGCACGGCCCAGUGCGGAGGAGGCAUUCAGGCCCGUCACAGGGCGUGUGAGAACGGCCCGGACUGUCCCGGCUGCAGUGUGGAAUAUCAAGCUUGCAAUACCAGCCCCUGUGCAGAGCUGAAGAAGACAACGCCGUGGACUCCGUGGACUCCAGUCAAUAUCUCUGACAGCGGAGGGCACUACGAGCAGCGGUUCCGAUACACCUGCAAGGCACGACUGCCUGAUGCGAGUUUACUGGAUGUGGGAAGGCAGAGGAUUGAAAUGCGUUACUGUUCCAGUGACGGCUCCACUGGAUGUUCAACAGACGGUGAUAUCUUGCACUCUGGACGUUACUCUGCGCACACCAUUAAUGGUGCUUGGUCCCCCUGGUCUCCGUGGUCCCAAUGCAGCCGUGAUUGCAGCCGAGGCAUUCGGAACCGCAAACGUCUUUGCAACAACCCCGAACCAAAAUAUGGAGGCCUGCCCUGUGUGGGGCCCUCUCUGGAAUACCAAGAGUGCAACAUCCUUCCAUGCCCAAUUGACGGAGGCUGGUCUUGUUGGUCAUCGUGGUCAAAGUGCUCGGCCACGUGUGGAAGCGGGCAUUACAUGAGAACACGCUCCUGUGCAAACCCGGCACCAGCUUACGGAGGAGACAUCUGCCUGGGACUCCAUACCGAAGAAGCCCUCUGCAACACACAACAGUGCCCAGAUAGCUGGUCUCACUGGUCAGAGUGGUCUAGCUGUGAUUCCUCUGGUGUCCAGUUCCGUGCCCGUCAGUGUGAUGUUUUGUUUCCAGUGGGUCACCAGUGUUCUGGGAAUACCACUGAGAGCCGACCGUGUGUUUCAGAUUCCAAUUCCAUACCAGACAUCAUGGUCGCAAGAACCAGCAGCAUCAAAGAAAAACGAUGCGGUGAGUUUAAUAUGUUCCACAUGACUGCCGUGGGGCUGAGCAGCUCCAUCCUCGGGUGCCUUCUGAGUCUUCUGGCUUACACUUAUUGCCAGCGGUACCAGCAGCAAUCUCAUGAUGCAACAGUCAUCCACCCUGUGUCUCCUGCACCUCUUAAUACCAACAUCACUAAUCAUAUCAACAAGCUGGACAAAUAUGAUUCCUUGGAAGCCAUUAAGGCAUUUAACAAGAAUAACCUCAUCUUGGAAGAACAGAACAAGUACUUCAAUCCACACCACACUUCAAAGGCCUAUUCCAAUGCCUACUUCACAGACCUGAAUCACUACGAUGAGUAUUAAGUGGGUCUGUAUCCCCCCACAGCCUGACUGUUCAGAGCGGACCCCAAGGUAUUAGUGUCAUGCAAAUGCCGACUGAAAAAAGAACAACCCGAUCGUGCCCUGUCUGGGCAAGGGAUUCCCGUUCCAAAGCUGUGUCCUGUGUCAUCAUUGGAACAAAGAGAAAUAAGAUGACAAUCGCUUUUCUUUUAGGUUUUUGGUCAGCUUGCUGCCAUUCUACUAAUUAAUAUUUUCAGCUUCUCAAAAGACAGUUUGAAGACAAUUAGAUACUUCCCACAGGACAUUGCUUCUCAGUUUCCUGGGGUGAUUUUUUUUUCAUGCACGUGGAUUGCCCCCAUGAAACACCAAAACAAAAACAAAGGACAUAAGAAAUAAUCAGAUAGCAGUAUUCUGACUGCUGGUUGCAAAUUCAAGAACUCCAUUCUCCAUGCCACGUUUUCAGAACUGUGAGAUGAUUUUGGGGCCUUGGAAGUAUCUGAAAGUUACUGGGGCGGGACUGCAAGUCUGCCUUGGUGCAAGGGGUGUUGGCAGAGCAAGCAGCGGAAACAAUCUAGACCCCCAUCCUUGAGGACUGUGUGAAUCGGCUGGCGUGGGUCGCAAGGGAAUGCGCCGGGAAUUAGUUCUGCAUGAUGUUGCUGCACAUGGAUUGCUAUACUAGCAUGGCUAUUUGCUUAGCCUGCAUAACAGCACUGACUCCUCCUGGAUGGUCCAUCGCUACGUUCACGGACCCACUAGAACACAAAACUGGAAGAAGGCUUUCUCGCAGAUCCAUUCACUACCUUUGCUGAGGAGCAGAUGGAAAAGCGUGAACAGCUCCAUUGUCAGGUUUUGGAUUUCCCCCCAGAAAAAUUCAUCAAGGAAAACAGUGGCAGGAAGCAUUAUCAGAGCAUUGUUGUAAUAAUUUUGAGGAACUAACUGAGCUUGGCCGUCGUGCUUGGAUUAUGUAAAUAUUGGAAGUGCUUUGCUGAGCAUAAAGUUGCUUUUCUCUUGCUUGAACUGAAAGGGGAGGGGGGGAUAAUCAAGCUCCCAGUUUUGUACUAAAUUGGUUUCUUGUUGUCUUUGCUAAUUUUGAACAAUGACAUCCUUGCCUUUUUAAAAAAAGAAAAAAACCAGCUUUGCUGUUUGAAUGAA